AGUCAUGAAGAAGCUAGUGAGUGCAUACUUUCAAGAAGCCAAAUGGUUCCAUACCAACUACAUACCAACACUAGAAGAGUACAUGUCGCUUCAACUAAUAACAAGUGGCUAUGAAAUGUUAGCGACUACGUCACUUAUGGGAAUGGGCAAUGUGGUCACAGAACAUGCUCUUAAAUGGUCGAUCGGUGAUUGCAAGAUUGGGAAGGCUGCACAAACCAUCGGUAGGCUCAUGGAUGACAUUGUCUCUCACGAGUUUGAGCAAAAGAGGGGCCACGUAGUAUCUGCAGUGGAGUUGCUCAUAAAAUAUCGUGGUGUCUCGGAGCAGGAAGCUGUGGAGGAACUCCAGAAACGAGUCAUUGAUGCAUGGAAGGACACCAAUGAAGAGUUUCUCCGUCCAACUGCGGUCCCAAUGCCGAUUCUCACGCGAGUGCUCAAUUUAUCGCGGGUGGUUGAUGUGUUAUAUAGCGAUGGGGAUAAUUACACCCAUUCUGAAACCAAGCUCAAAGAUUAUGUGACAUCGCUCUUCGUCAAUCCCUUGCCGAUGUGAGGUUUGGACCAAACGUUGUCACACUAAUUUGGUCAUUGUAAAGCAAUAGCGUAUUAAUUAUGCCUUUGAAACCUUAUUUUUCCUGGAUGUAUGAGGUAAAAUAUCAUUAUCGGUAUGUACUUUCAGAUUGAUGUGCGUAAUAAGACCCGUAAUUAAAGGGUGCA